AUGCCCGAACCUAAGAUCAACGCCAAGUCACUCUCCUACUCGUCCGACCUCCCACCCUUCCUCCGCGCCCUCCACGCCCAAUCUCGGGGGGACGCAUCUGCCGGGCCAGACCCCAUUCUCGCCGGCAGGCGGCGCGCCAUCAAGAAACGGUCCGCCAGCGAGGAGGCAGAGGACCAGCCCCUGGUCGUGGACGAAAACGGCAACGUCGUGACCAUCAACGACGACAAUAACGACGAUGACGGGCUGAACAAGGACUCACAAGUACCUGACGAUGCGUCAACAGCGGUGGCAAAGAUGCCGAGACAGCGGCAGAGCGGGAAGAAGGAAAAGGUGGCCGGCAUCGGCGCCGGGAGGAAACGUAAAGUGGGCAAGAUCGUGGGCCGCAGAUGA